AUGGCAGAGGCCAAACUGGGCAGGGAUAUAUCCAUACAGCAUCUCCAAAUACUAGAAUGGGAUCCUGGCAUUGAUCUGUAUGUGUUCCAAGUACUUUUGAAAAGAAUGAGGGCUCUUAUGGAAGAGAUCUAUAUAUGUCUUAACCAUGUUGUUAUGCAGGCAUUUGGUGCUAUUAAUAUGACAUACACAAGUAUGAAUCAACGAAAAGGCCUACAUGAUUGGCUGCACCUUCAUCCCAAGGGGUGUACCUACGAGGCUACUUACAAUUAUCGACCACAUGACCAGGAAGAACAUUAUAUAAGGAAUACUCCGGACGGUUGA